AUGAUGAAUUGGUUCCAAUCAGCUGUCUCGCCGCCGUACGCCGCGCCGUGGAGGGCGUCGCCCCCCUCUCCUUCAAUCGCCGCAAACUCCUUAGGCCGCGGCCGCGGCCGCAUCUUCCAGGCGGCGGCUUUCGACACCGCCGCUUCAAACAGAUCCUCCGCCAGAUCUCAUUGGUUGUUGUCCGGCAAAAGGAUUGCCGCUGCCGGUACGGUGCUGUUCUCGGUAGCCGCUGCCGCGCUCGUCGGGGAUGUUGAGGCCAAGGAGUCCGUCCAGUUGAAAUUCCGGCCGGACGAGGUGGUUCUCUAUCAGUAUGAAGCUUGCCCUUUCUGUAACAAGGUCAAAGCAUUUCUGGACUACUAUGAUAUUGCAUACAAGGUUGUGGAGGUCAACCCGAUCAGCAAAAAUGAAAUUAAGUGGUCUGAUUAUAAAAUAGUGCCAAUAUUGAUGGUUGAUGGCGAGCAGCUGGUUGAUUCAUCUGGGAUAGGGGUUGGGUACCGGAAAGGGCGUCUAAAAGGAGCGUCCAAUGAAGCGGACCUGUUACUCAAAUAUUGCAGCUGGGUGGACUAUCACUUGGUUCACCUGCUAUCACCUAAUAUAUAUCGAAAUUCUUCAGAAGCCCUCGAGUCAUUCGAUUACAUCACUAGUCAUGGCAACUUCAGCUUUACUGAGAAAAUAACAGCCAAAUACGCAGGAGCAGCUGCAAUGUAUUUCGUCUCCAAGAAAUUGAAGAAAAAACUCAUACGCUACCUCAAGUCCGGUAGAGACAUGGUAGAACACACGAGAAUCGGUGAUUGGUACUCCCGAAUGGAAACUGCUGUUGAACCAUCUUCGAGAAUCCAAGCAUGA